GCUCCCGGUUUUCGUUCAAAUGGUUUGAGCCCAAAGACAAACGGACGCGCAUUCCGCAAAACCGAUACAGCAGAAAAUCAGGCUCGGAUAUUUACAUCUGAUUUACUCUGUUCAGGCGCACCGGAGAGAAGAGGAAUCUGUCCACUGCGUUAGAAAUAAACGACGUAAGUUCGGCCACUGGUAGAGCAGCUUGCUGCCGUCAGCUGACAAUGGCAGAAAGCGAGGCAGAGUGGGAGCUGUGCAAAGAGAACAUCCAGCCGCUGAGACGUGGCCGAGCCAUCUCAGCCCUGCACCAAGCUCUUCAGCAGCAAGAGGGCUCCAGCACUGCUCUCAACCAACAGAAACAAGCAUAUGAGACAGAGCUGCGCAUGUAUGAUGGAGAUGACCCUCUUGAUGUCUGGGACAGAUACAUCAAAUGGACAGAGCAGAAUUACCCACAGGGAGGAAAGGAAAGCAGCCUGACUAUUCUUCUGGAAAGAGCAGUCAUGAAGUUCACAGAAGAAAAGAAAUAUCACAACGAUGCCCGUUAUGUUGAUCUUUGGAUCAGAUUUGCAGAAGGCUGCUUGGAACCUCUAGAUGUCUACUGCUACAUGCAAGCUCAAGGAAUAGGGACAAUGCAGGCAUCUUUCUACAUUGCAUGGUCUGAAGAAUAUGAGAAAAGGGGAAACUCGCGGAUGGCUGACAGCAUAUUUCAAGAUGGUUUAAAGUGUGGUGCUGAACCUCUAGAUAAGCUCCAGCAGUUUCACAAGGCUUUGCAGGCACGUGUGUGCAGGCAGAUGAUGGCAGCAGUAGUUGAUAAAGAGAAAGUGGAUGAUGAACCUCAAGAGCCUCAGAGGAUUUCCCUGGUGGAGCUUAAAGCUAAGGGAAAGAAAAAAGCAGCUGUGCCUAUCAAUAGAGUGGCUGGCUCCAUUGGCUUUGCACGGGGUCUGCAGUGUACACAACCUCUAGGACCAGUAAAGAACAGUCGGCUCAUGAUAUAUGAUGAAAAUAAGGAACAUUUUGAUCCUCAGGAGCCGAAAGUAGAAAGUUGGAUGGCUCCUCCAUCUGCUAAGGCCAAGGAGAAUGAACAGAGACCUGAUAAAUGGACUAAUGCUAAGUUGCCCCAGAAGUCCAGAUUUGGUCAUACUGUAGUGGUUCCACCACCAAAGCCAAAUUUCCAGCCCUUUGUGGAGGAGAGUGAUCAGCCUCCUGCAGUAACUCCAUGUAAGAUCAACCCAGCAGUGAAUACUGUGCUGUCUGCAAGGAAGCCGCGACGGGAGGAGCAAACUCCACUGAAGAGGUUGCAGGAGAGACAGCACCAUAUGCAACUGCAACAGGAGGACGAAAGCAAAAGUGGAGAGAAGAGCAUGUACUGCAAGGAGCUUCUGUUCAGCGGCGCCACAGAGUUCUCUUUUGAAGAGCUGCGUACUGAGCGAUACCGUCAGAAAUGCAUCCAGAGACUGGAAGCAGGCAGGAGUGGCAGAAACAGCCAAGAGCAUUCACAAUCCAGUUAAAAUGACCGACAAGUGAAAAGGCUGGAAGUAACGGAGUGUCUUUGUAGCAUGGUUCUUAACUUUUGUCCUUGAUGCUACUUUGCUGCUCAUUUUAAUGUUAUUUCUGCCCCAAUACACUCCAUUAAAUCAAUCGGCUCCUUAGCUAGGCCAUCCCGAGUUGAAGUGGAUGUGUUUGAGCAGGAAGAACACUAAAAUAUGCAGAUCAGCGUGGAGAAUCACUGCAUAAAAAGACCUAGGCUUUGAAUACCUUAAAUACUUUACAUAAGCCUCUGAAGUCAUCAUAUGUUUGUCCUGUUGUUGUAUCCAAAGAAAUGCAAUCAAUUUUGAGUCUAAAUCUGGCAAGGAUUGUACUGUUACUAACUUCAGUAUUAUUGUUCCCUUAUUACUGUAACAGCAGAGGUUGUUCAGACACUAAGAACUCUAGCUGUAACUAGUCAGAUGUCAGCAAUAUAAUAAAUUGAAUACUUUUCAACUUUCAAAUAGAAAGCCUGUUAACUCGGACCACCAAACCUGCAGGUUUUCUGUUCAUUUCCCAAGUACAGAAAACAUGCUGCAGUUAUUUCCAAUGGUAACUGCUGCUUUUUAAAAGGGGGAAUGCACCAGUUUUCAAAGUCAUUGAGAGUGGUUUGAUGUAAAAUGGUGCACUUGCCACUCCUUACAAUGGGAGUGAUGGAAAAUUGGGGUCCCAAUGUCUACAGGGCAGAUAUAGACAUUUUUAUUUACUGUCUAACUGACUAGUGAACCUAAUGCGUGUUUUUUUUUUUUUUUUUUUUUUUUUUUUUUUUUUUGCUGAUUUUUCUUUUAAAUUAUUUAUUUACCAUCCUCCCCCCUCAUAUCUAUUUGUAGCCAUUUCUUUUAACAGCACUCUGUGAGUUAGCUUCAGAUGUCUGGUUCCUGUCAGCAUUUUUCAACAGACUGCUUUAAAUGACUUUUAACAUCUCAAUGUUUGAAUUGUGUAGAGAUUUUGAAACUUGGGUGCAAUUCCCCUCUGUGCCCCCAUAUAAAAUACUGCUGCCUGACAAGCAAUGACUCUUCUGGUAUUGUAUUUCUGUGGUUGAACCUGUGCUUUUGUAUAUAUUGUUUCAUUGUUCAUCACACUGUAUUGUGUGCAGUUGUCAUAAUUUUUUUUUAAACUUCCUUUCUUUUGUACUGUUGUAAUGACAAUUAUGCUCAGAGAUGAUGUAGAGUUGCUCAUUUUUUUUUUUUUCUCUGUACCCUGUACCUCUUACAGGAUAGUCGCUCAUUGCAAGAACCAAUAUUUUGUUUGUAAUAAACAAAAGCAGUGUUUUUUAAA